UCAACCAUGGCCUCCUCCUCCUCUUCCUUCUUUGUCCUCUUGGUGCUCUUAAACACCAUCACUAGAUUAAUAAUCACCAAUCCUGGAACCACAUGCAAUGCCUCAUCAACAGUAGUGCCACCAAAAUUCCCAGCUAUAUUGGUUUUUGGCGAUUCAACUGUGGAUACAGGGAAUAACAACUUCAUCCCAACAGCUUUCAAGGGUUGUCACCCACCUUAUGGUCGAGAAUUCCCUGGUCAUAUCCCAACGGGAAGGUUUUCGGAUGGAAGACUAGUUCCCGAUCUACUGGCUUCUGCCUUGGGAAUCAAGAAGCUUGUGCCACCCUUCUUAGACCCACUUCUAUCGGAUAAGGAACUCUGUACCGGAGUCAGUUUCGCUUCGGCGGGAUCAGGUUACGAUGAUCUAACCACAGUGGUAUCAAGGGUGAUCCCAGUGUCACAGCAGCUACAAUACUUCAAGGAGUAUAUCAAGAGACUCAAUAAGGCCGUAGGAGAACACAAGGCUAAGAAGAUAAUAAAUGGCGCCUUGGUUAUGAUUAGUGGAGGAUCUAAUGACUUCCUCAUCAACUUCUAUGAUCUUCCAACCAGGAGUCUACAAUUUAACAUCUCAGGGUACCAAGAUUUUCUGCUACAAAAGUUACAAGACAUAAUUAAGGAACUGUUUGAUCUGGGAUGUCGUAACUUCAUUGUAGCGGGGGUUCCUCCAUUCGGCUGUGCGCCUAUCCAGAUCACGGCAAAGUUGAAGAAUACACCUGCCAGAACAUGCAUUGAAGAAGAGAAUAAAGAUGCUCGUGCUUAUAAUUCCAAGCUCAAGCGAGUAGUGAAAAAACUAGAAGAAUCGUGUGAAGGAAGCAAAAUGGUGUACCUCAACAUCUACGAUCCUUUCAUGGACAUGAUCAACCAACCACAAAAAUACGGAUUUGUGGAAACAAAGAAAGGUUGCUGUGGGAAUGGAUUGGUAGAAGUAGGACCCCUUUGUAACCUACUCACACCACCAUGUGCCAAUGCUUCUGAGUAUCUAUUUUGGGACGCCAUUCAUCCUGGUGAAGUCGCUUAUACACACAUUACCCGUUACGUGCUGGACCAUGCCCAUAUGCUCUUCACGAUCCCUACUACUCCUGCUAAAGCAAACUAAAGGGCUUGCGCCUCUGGGUUCUUGUUUCUCUUCUGGUCUUAUUCUUCUCUUAAGGCAACUAGUCCAGCUGUAAUACAUUGUAGGCCCGCUCAGUUCUCGUUGGAUCUAAUCUAUAUCAUACUUAUUCUCUCUCUCUCUCUCUCUCUCUCUCUCAAUUUUCAGCUUGAAUGGGGAUAUAAAUUAUGAACAAGAGAUGGCUACUUGGUUGCGUAGUCUCUGUACUAAUAUGGG